CUUUUAACUUCAAAGCGGUGUUUAAUAAUUUUUUGUUUUAUUUAUAGGUUGGAUUUGAAAAUAAUUACGAAGACAUUGACAGAUAGAUACCUCUACAAGAUAUCUUUUUGGUUACAUUAGCAGGUCAUAGUACGCAACAAAAUGAUUACUUCAGAGUUACCAGUGUUACAGGAUUCUACAAAUGAAACUACUGCCCAUUCAGAUGUUGGUAGUGAAUUGGAAGAAACGCAACUGAAGGGGAAAAGAAAACGUGGUCGUCCUGGUAGACCUCCAUCUGCCAAUAAGAAGCCUCGAAAGACUCCAGGAGAGAAGUUUCGCUCUGAAACUGGAAUUAGAGGAACAGGUCGAGGAAGAGCUAAUGGCCAUCCUCAGCAGAAUGGAGAAGGGGAUCCUGUUACUUUGUUUGAUGUUGUGAAGAUGGGCAAAAGUGCUAUGCAGUCCGUGGUAGAUGACUGGAUUGAAUUGUAUAAGCAAGACAGGGAUAUAGCACUGCUGGAUUUAAUCAACUUCUUCAUCCACUGUUCAGGAUGCCGAGGAACUGUGCGGAUUGAAAUGUUUAGAAACAUGCAAAAUGCAGAAAUUAUCAGGAAAAUGACUGAAGAAUUUGAUGAGGACAGUGGCGAUUAUCCACUUACAAUGCCUGGGCCACAGUGGAAGAAAUUCCGAUCAAAUUUUUGUGAAUUCAUAGGAGUACUAAUACGACAAUGUCAAUAUAGCAUCAUCUAUGAUGAAUAUAUGAUGGACACAGUGAUCUCAUUGCUGACUGGUUUGUCAGAUUCGCAGGUUCGAGCUUUCAGACAUACUAGUACACUUGCUGCUAUGAAGCUUAUGACUGCUCUUGUGAAUGUUGCCUUAAACCUGAGUAUUCAUCAGGAUAAUACACAAAGACAGUAUGAAGCUGAAAGGAACAAAAUGAUUGGUAAAAGAGCUAAUGAAAGACUGGAGCUGCUUCUUCAAAAAAGGAAAGAG